ACCUCAACCCACCUUGAAGACACUAGAACUUAAGAGAUAGUGGGCGGGUUUGUAGCGGAGCUAUUUCUGGAAUCAAAUUCACGUCUAAAUUUGGAAGCGAAAGUCUUAGAAGAAAUUUGUCUCCGUCUGAUUUUAUUUUGUUUAUUAAAGCCUCCUCAAAAUAAAUAAAAAAAAAAAAGAUUGAAAUUCAGAAAGAAGAAGCGAAAUAUCAACGAAUAUUCUAGAAUCAAGUUUCAGGGAAUAAAAUAGCGGAAUCUCUAUUCUAUUUUUCUCUGCAAAUGUCAAACGGAUAUGUCUGUGGUGCUUAGAAAUUUCUUUUUCCAACGUUGAAGAGGUCAUUCCCAGAAUGCUACCAGCGACCUAUUUAGAAAGCAUUGUCAGAAAACACGCUUCUUGAACACACGACGUGGAUAAUUCGAUAAGAAAACACGCAACUUGAGAAUAGCUACUUCCGCUGACCAUGUCCUGCACUCCUGUCGUAUGCUGGCACGGCCCAGAUGACCGUUGGUCGGCAGGAUAGCGCAAACAUUGAGCAAGCGUGACAGAGAAUGAAGUUUCAAACUGAAAGCAGCGCAAUCAAUUCUAGAAACAUCUAACCAUAAUCUUGUAGCCAUUUUUUCAACUAUUUGAGGAAUGGUGCACAAUACUGUCUAUUAAAGUCACACAAUGUAUCAAUAGAUCAGUCUACAAACCUAGCUGUGCCGUAUGAUUGUUUUCUUUUUAUGAGCUAGAUCUAGUUACAAUAUGUGCUAAAAUGUUUACGUUGGUUUCCACAAUGCAAAAUGUUUUUAUUUUAGUAUUCUAACCAAACACAGAUAAUGUUUGCAUAGUAAUGUCUUCAUAAUUAGACCCACUGACAAUUAUAGUGUAAAGCCGCAUUCUAAAUUUCCAAAAAAUAUAAAUAUUUCAAUAACAACAAAAUGAUGAAAAGCAAUUAAAAGUGUUUUUCUUUAAAGAAUUUGUUAUUAUUAUCGUUAUAAUACGUUAUUGUUAUUCAUUUAUAAUUGUGACGCUUCUGGGGGAAAAAAAAUUCAAAAAGGCACAAUCGAAACAUUUCUUUUUGUUUAUUAUUAUUACACGCUGGGGGGAAAUUCCAAAAUUGUUUUUAGAUUUCAUUUUGUUUUUGUUCCAAUAUCAUAAUGGAUAAAUUGUUUUUAACAAACUCUUUGUAUUUCACUCCUUACUUGUGUUGGAUGCGACAACUGCAAUAUUGGUUAUAUCUAAUAAUGGAUAAACAGACUUCGGGCAUGUUUUGUUGUUAGCAGAAUUCAAUAGUUUCCCUAUGGAGCGCCUCAUUCCUAUCGGAGUACGUCAUUGGCUUCUAAAAGAGAAUAUUUUGCCUACUGUCCAAGCUUCAAGUUUUGAAUUUAUAGUUCCAGGGCCGUAGACUGGAGAAGGAGCGUAUUGAUGGGCGAUGCAGGGCCGAAGACGAACCCGCGAAACCGGGGUCUCUCUUCGCCUUGGAUGCCAAGACUUCGCAAACGUGGUGAAAAGAUUCUUCAUAGUAAAUACGUGGUCAUCUUAGUGAUUAUAUUGACUAUUACAGACUGCGCCCUGGUCAUCGCAGAGCUAAUCCUGGACUUGUACAGUGUCAAAAAAACCUUAUCAGCUACUGAGAACCAGACGUUUAGUUUCAUACUCGCUGUCAAGAAACGCUACCCUGAUGAUUUCAAGGACAGUGACACGGUAGCCUACAUCUACGAGAAAGUGGCAAACGCUACCAUACUGUGGGACAACCCAGUGCAUGAUCAGAUCCGGCUGAGGGUUAAGCCGGAAACAGCGGCCAAAUCCACUCCGUCCAUCAACAUGAGUGCAGCGAUGGGCCAACCGUGGGAGAACUUUAGUGCAACGCCAGUCGACUUGAGGACUAACAGAGCCGGAAGUGUUAGUCGGACUAUACAGGUGGACACUUCGAGGAAUAUUUCGCACACGGGGCGCCGAUUCAGGCGCUCUUUCAAAAGCAAUAGCACCGAGGCUCCGAUAAGCGCCUCAAACAACGAAGAUUCUCUGGACGAGGACCUUACGCGUGUGACCUCGCUAACAAUACUCGUCCAGAGUUUUCGUCACAUACUUGACUACCUCAUUUCCGGUGUUCAUGAACACCUUCUUCAAAAUUCCAGCCCUUCCAACAACGACGACGAUCCAUAUAUCAGCGAGGAAGAGGACGACAUCCUGAACGAAGCGUUCGGCGAGGGUUACCUUCGAUACGCCAAAGAUUUACUUGUUCUCUACGCCCAGCUUUCAGAAAUGUUUACUAUGCAAUUGAACAAUCGCCUCACCUACGGUGCCGCCCCAGAAACAUCAAAGCAAUCAGGCAACAGUACGCCUCUGCAUAAUCCGCCUCUGUUACACAACAGUGAGCCUAGCGCGUCUUUAACUCUCGACGCCCCUGACUUCAACGACAAAUCAAGCACGGGUGCUACGAAUUCUAAACUCAGUGAUAUCCACGCCGUGGUUGAGGAUGGCGUCUAUGACACCCCGGGGAUAAAGGGAGCCAUCAGGCGGGUGAUUCGAGACGUGGAUAGUUCUAACUACAGCGUUAUUGUAGAACCUGACAAGGGUCAUAAUGACACGACGACUGGGCAGCAGGUCAAUCAGGACUUAGAGAAGGACAUGAUGCGGAGGCAGCUUCACCACAGCAAGGAAAUGGAGAUAGCGCACAAGCUUCACUACGCAAGUCUAUUUGUGGUGUCCAUCUUACUCAUUGGGGUGUUGAUGAAGAUUGCCUGCUCGGGAUCUCAUUUUUUCAAAAGAAAAAUUCAGGUAUUUGAUGCAAUAGUUAUCAUCGCUUCAUUCGCUGUGGACCUGACCUUCAUUAAAGGCCUGGCCGAGUUCGCGGUAGAUGAUUCCAUAUUCGUGCUCGUCUUUCUCUUGCCCUGGAGGGUCAUUCGGGUGGUCAACAGUCUUGUGAUGGCUGUGAUUGACCACGAGCAUGUCAAACUGAGGCUGCUGUACUCAAGGAAGAAAAAGCUGGACAAGACUGUGGAAACACUCAGGAACGAGACGGACGAGCUGAAGGGAAUGCUACAAGAUGUCCGACAGUUCUGCAUCAAGGAAGGAAUAGAUGCCAGCCUUAUCGAUAGCAUGCUGGGUAAAUUUGCACCUCGGCGAAGGAAGGAUUCCAAGUUCUACACUCUGGUGAAGCUCGUCAUGAGCACUGCUUCCAUGAACAACAAUGACAACGAUUCCAUCAGCAGUUCCUCCAUGGAGAACGACCUCCGGCACAUCGCCAACAGGGACAGCGCCCUGGCCGAAGUGCCCAGCAGCCAGGGGACGAUGUCUUCCCUUAAACACUACCUGUCCGUGCCCUUCUGCUCCCCGCCGUCCAAUUCAAACUCGGACGUCGAGAGCAUGGCUGGGGAUGUGGCCAUCCGGAGCCCGAGCAUCUUCGUCACCUCGCCCACCAGCGAUGACGGCUGCGGGAACGGGACGUUCUCCUUCUGUGACGUUGAAAUGGAAGUCGGGAACGACGAGGCGGCUGCCGCGGGCGGAAGCUGCAGACUGGACACGCCCGACUCAAUUAUCGAGGAAGAGGUCGCGGUAGCCACCAUGUCCGUGACGUCCAACACGCUCCACGCCAGCCCUCCUUGCUCUGUUGCAUUUUUCGUUGGAAGCCAAUCUUCUUUGGAUAUAAAAUCUUCUGCCGACGACAGCAACGGAUCGUCAAAUCUAUCCAGCGAGGGCAAAGACAAUGGCGGGUGGGCAGGGCUCACUACGGGAAAUCCCGAAGGUGCUUGUGGCGGGCGGGCAGGGCUCACUACGGGAAAUCCCGAAGGUGCUUGUGGCGGGCGGGCAGGGCUCACUACGGGAAACCCGGAAGGUGCUUGUGGCGGGCAUUUCCUUGCUUACGAAGGCGUGGACAAUAAUAAGAACAUGUUUAACCAGCACUACGGCCAGUUUCUUACCGUACCGGAGUGUCUUGUGGAUAUGACCGACUGCGACGUAGCUACCAAUAACAAUCAUAACAACAAUCACGUAACAGAAGAUCAUGUUCUAGACUCUCCCGCUGACACCGAAGGUAACAAAACGAAAUUUGAAAUGCGACGAUCCGCGUCAGAAAAUGUAAACGUGAACACUGUUGAGCCGUUUUCCUCACACGUCCGUCACGGCAGCCCAGUUCCCUUACGCCGCGUGCCGGAUGUGCGCUCGAAGAGGAAAGAGUACAGCAGGUCAAGGUCAGAAUCAGAAGACAAAGAAGCUGUCCUGCUGCUUCGCCCAGACUCCAAGGCUCGUUUCAGGCGCCACAGCGGUGAGCCGAGAACCACAACCCGGUCCGAGUUGAAAUCUGAACUGGAAAACAGCAGGCGAUCUACGAGCCCAACCCCAGCUUCGUAUUUGACCAUCCCGGGCCAAAGUGUGAUUGGCGGGAGCGUCACUUACUCGUCCUCCAGGUCUAUGAAUGACGUCAGCUACGCGGGCAAUGUCCAGGCUAACAAUAUCGGCAACGAUGGGAGGAUACUUCGUCGCUCCUGCCUCAGCUUGAACAGCGACGGGCGCAAACGCCGCGCCAAGUCGGCACACAGGGUCAGCUUCAAAGUAUCUUAGCAUUUCGCUUAACCCUUUACUGCCUUGUGCGCUAGUUAACCUUAUUCAUUUUUGUUGUUUUUUACACUAUGCUAUUAGUAAUAAGUAGAUAAAGCUACUUAGUAACAAAUGAGUUAAACGAGCCUUGUUAGCUCCAGUAGAAUCUGAUCGAUGUAAAUAGCUUUCUACAUCAGCUGCUUCGUUCCAUGCCCUUUUGCUCUAUCUCACUCUCAUUAAAACAGAUAUACACAUUAAAUCCGACGACAUAAUUAUCUCGAGUAAUUAAAUUUUAAAGGGCGUCAGAGAGGAGAACUCUGGCAUGCAAGAGUUAUCGGUCGUGGCAGUUAUUCACCAAGAGCUCGUUUGAAUCUGAAACAGAUUUAUUCUAAGUUAGUAUCAGCUCCACUUAGGCAAAAAUGUUGGAACAAAUUGCAGCACUAGAGAGACAGCCGUCAUCGCGAUGAAGUGUACAGUGUUCAGCAACGUUCUGGUAUGUAGCAGACAGUGGGUUUCUUGUAAGGGAAAUGUUGAAUUUAAAGUUUAUAUGCCAAUGGAGCCUAACUACGAGCUUUUUUCAGCUCUGUUUUUCUACUGGUGGUACAAGUUCGCCGACUGUAAGCGAACACUUAAGAAGAACUUUAAUCUUUGGCUAAGCGUGGACUUGUCGGAAGAGUCGCUAACGAUUGUUAAGGCUAGAUAAUGGAGUGGUUAAAAUUUUGACUUACUAAACUCCAAAAAAUAACACAAAAAUCUAUAUUUAAAAAACUACUCAACAGAAAUUUGGAAAAGGGUGAUAUGUUCAAUUCUUUUGGGUUCACCUUUGGAGAAAAAAAAAACAAAAUCCAGAACUGGAUUUAGGCUUGAUAAGGCCCUUAGCUAUUAGUGAUAUGCGGCCACUUGUAAACCAAUUUUUUUCCAUUUAAAGUUUCAUAAAAAUUAUUGAAACUAUCUCUGUGACCAUUUUACACACCGGAUAAGCAAGCUGACAUAACAUCGAAUACAGCAGAGGUGGCCCUUGGAGGAUAGCGAGUCUGAAAGCCACCCGGCAAUAUGGAGAUAUUUUCACCAUUAGCUCUAUAUAAAAAUUUGAGGAGCCUUGAUAUUCUCCCAGGACAUCGCCACCUGCAAAAGUCGCCCCCAAUAUACUGCAUUUAAGCAAUGUUCAGACUGAAGUUUGACAUUAUUUCAUUGUUAUCAUUUAUAAAUAGGCUUCAAUGGUUAUUAUCCAGACCUUCACAUUUAGAGUUGCUGUAGGUUAAUACUAACGGUUCUGAAGUACCAUCUAAUGAGGAUAAUACGCAAGUUUUUUUUUGUUGUAAUUUUGUUCUCUACCCUUGACUUUUAUAAUUCGUUUCGUUUCUGAGGCAAAUCUUUGAUUUAAAUCGAGGAUGUUUGUUGUCAAUUAACAAGGGAAAACAAUCCAAUGUUAUGAGCAUCAAACAGACCAUUGCCAAGUUGUACGUACUACAAUGUUGCCUGGCUUUGAAGAUUACGAAUAGGAUUGCCACAGGAUUGUGUGGCUUAUCAAGUGCCAAGAUGGAGUUCAAAUUGAACACUGGAGGAACAUAGUAUAAGGAAUUCUUUCUAGUGUCGUUUAUAUUGACCUCCAAACCUAGAAAACCAUUGAACUAACGCAAGAUUCUGAUAUGCGAUAAUAAAAUCUGUAUAUAUAGGUUAUGUAUUGAACUCUUUUAUUUAGUUAGUCAGCACAAUAUACAUAACUACAUUGGUAUAUUAUUUUUUUAAUUGAUUGUUUUGAAAGUCAAAGUGGCAAUUAUUUAUUUUAAUUAAUUUAUUGUUUGAUAACAGGUUGUUUAUUUGUUUUAAUGUUAAUCGCUAACACACAUAAUAUUUUGUGGCAAUUAGAGUUGUUUAAUAUCAAUGCAAUUUUGUUUUUUUUCAUUUAUGGACUGGACAUCAAGUUUUGAUAUUCAAUUACAAUGACUUAAGCUACCGUUAAUCGAAACAAAACUAUUACCCCGGUUAUUUAUGUUCAUAUGUUCUUAUUCAUGACUUUGACAAAAUGUUAUAAUGUUAACAUGACAAAAGGUUUUUGUUUAAACUAUUAGUGCGCUUAGUUUAUAACCUAGAUGAGUUAAUGGUCACGAAUGGAAUCAUGGGUAAUAUCUGUCGUCUGCUCAUCCACUCUAGCAUAAAUAUAAUUUCUUUGUCACUGUCGUGUGAAAUUGAGAAAUAAAAUUUCAUUUUCUUUCGUAAUAUACCCUGAUGCGUUGGGGCUGAGUGGUAAGGUAAAUUGAUAGGCUUCCGAACUGAGGGACUCGGAUUGAAAUCCUAGUGAAGGCUGGGAGAUUGAAUUUUGUGGGGGGUUUUUUUGGACUUCCCUGAGUCGUCCCAACUCUAAUGGGUACUCAACUAGGUGGGUAAAAUAAAGGUGAUUGGGUGGUUGUAUUCGUUUAUCGUCGGCUAUAGAAUCAGAUGACAUUUACAUCGUCUGCCCCAUGAGUUGCUGGGUCUGAAAGGUGUACUUACUUUUUAUACAUUAACAGAAUUAGUUCAUUGAAUGAAGAAGCAUCCACCAACAAAUGAUAUUGUGAUAUUGUACCUAUAUCUUGGUAUUUCGGUAUAGUGAAGUUUCAUUCCUAAACUGCAUCCACUGGCGAGUAAAUGGUGUAGCCAGGGCCGGAUUUUAGUAUGUGGAGGCCCAUACACUCUGUUUAAUUGAGAUCCACUUAUAAAUACUUCUAUUUAAAAUCAAGCUUUAUUUUAGAAGAAAGACCUAGAGAACUUGUACAUUUAAUAUCACGUUCCUUUUUUUUUUUUAAAUAUUCAAUAUGCAAAUAUUUUAGUUUCAAAAAAGGACUUGAGCUUGUGGAGAGUAAGGUCCUGUGUAGACGCAUUGUCGUGAAUCCGGACCUGUAUCGGUAUUUACAUAUUCCGAGCAUACAACUACAAGCGGACACCUCUUAAUCACGACAUUGUCGCCACCAAUGUAAGAUUUAAAGUGUUAGCGUUAAAGAUGUGGAGAAAAAAAAUACUUUAAAGUUUCUGACCCGUCGAAAUUCCGAUAUAUUUUUUUCUCUUUUGUGGAGGCCCCUUUCUUGUGGAUACCCCGGGGCUGUAGCCCACCUGCAAUCCCUUAAAUCCGGUCCUGGGUGUAGCGAGGUGGAUAGUUUCUGUAUAUGAGAAGCAUACAUCGAACAGAGCAUGAAUUUCGGUUUUAAAAGCGGGCUCUUAAAAAUUAAAUCAUUUUCUUCUAAUUUCUUGAUAGUUGUUCAUAUUUGUAAUUGUGUAAAGGGAAGAUUUUUGUUUUUAAUGUAAUAGUCCAGUCCAAGGACUGAAAGGAGAACUUUACUAUUUACUAUGAAUUUUUUUUAUAUAAUGUAGGAGUUGUUGCAAGUGUUUGUAUAUAUACCUAUUGACUGUAUUUUGUUGAUGCAGAUUUAAAGUGCAAUGUGAGCUGCAUGUGAUAUA